AUGCAUUCACUCCUUUCGGUUUCAGCACAAAAAUCACAAGCUAAGAAAUAUCAAUAUAUCCUUCUCCUAUUUCUCAUCUGAAAUAUGGCUCAAAGAGCUUACUCUUUUUCCGCACUUCUUCUCAUCUUCAAUAUCCUCCUUGUCACAACACUGCAAGCUGCUGGCCGUAGUAUUGGUAAGAACUCCGACAACAACGACGAGAAGAUACCUCGGUUUUCUGUGCAUUAUCCAAGCAUUGGACAUUUAGGAUCUCAACCACGCCUAGGGCGUAUUCCUAAUAUCCCUUUUAUUGGUGGCAUUGGAGGGUCGAGAACACGACUGCGAUCAAGAUCGGAAUCAUCAGGUCGCAGAUAUAUUCCUGGUAAUGAUGACACUUUUAUUCCAAAUCCCGGCUUUGAAGUUCCUAUACCCGGCGGUGGUAGAGCUGCAACAACAAAAGUUUUUCCAUGAAUUCACUCAUAUACAUGAAUGGAAUAGGUAGACCUAGUUUGUGAGUUUGUGGUGCUUAUUAAGAUUAUUUUUACUUUUUUCUAGCCAUGAAAAUAAGUGUAUUGUACUAGAUGUACACACACUAGAAGCUUGUUACUUGGUAUGCUAGUGGCUUGUUUAAUGUUUUCCAACUGAUUUGAUUUAAUAUUAUUUGGGUUAAAUAUUCAGCAAUUUGACCUCAAAUGAUUGCAUCUAUAAAAGCAAGA